AUGAGUCAAGUGUUUGUUGAAGCAGGAACAGAUGGAAUAUUGCUAAUUGAUGCUAGUAACGCUUUUAACCAAAUGAAUAGGUCAGCGGCCUUACACAAUAUCCAGAUCAUGUGCAAAGAAAUGGCGCUCUAUGUUAUUAACACACAUAGAAGCCCAUCUAGACUGUUUAUUUGUGGGGGAGGUGAAAUACUUUCUCGAGAAGGCACCACACAAGGAGAUCAGCUAGCGAUGCCAUGGUACGCACUUAAUACAUCCAUAAUGAUACAGAAUUUGAGGGAUCAUUGCCCAUUGGUUAAACAGGUGUGGCUUGCAGACGACUCAGCUGGAGGAGGGAGUAUAGUGCAGUUAUACAACUGGUACAGGCAAUUGAGUAAGGAAGGUCAAAAGUUUGGUUACCUUGUGAAUGGGACAAAGAGCUGGCUUAUUGUGAAGUCUAGGGAACUCGCGGAGGAAGCAAAGAGGGUGUUUGGAGAGGAAGUCAACAUAACGACUGAAGGUCAGCGCCAUCUGGGAGCAGUUAUUGCGUCGCAAGAAUACAAAGAUCAGUAUUGUGAGGAGAAGGUUCGUGCAUGGAAAGACGAAAUCGAACGUCUCUCUGAAAUAGCGAAGAGCCAGCCCCAUGCGGCGUAUAUUGCUUUCACAAAAGGCUACAAGUUGAAGUUCACCUACUUCAUGCGCACGAUUGAAUCGUUUGAAGUUUAUGUCGAUCCAAUCCAGGAAGUGAUUGAAGAUUUACUACUCCCAACUUUGCUCGGUCAAUCAGAGCCUCUCCCUAACGAGGUGCGCAUACUUGCUACCUUAGCAACGGGUCAAGGGGGUCUAGGCAUUCCUGAUCUGAAAUCCUAG